GAGGCCUUUAUGAAUCGCGCAUGCGCUGUAAAAUUGAAUAAAAUAUCAAUAUGGCGGAGGUUAGUCCAGGCUAAGAUUUUCUUAAAAUUUGAAGAAAUUGAUAAAUCAAGAUGGCACAUGAGAUACAUUUAAAGAAUAACAAAUACCGGCAGUGGGUUAAGGCUGGCCUAGGCUUGGGUUAUCUUAAAGAGGGACUUGCGCCAUUUUGUGAUGACAUUGGAAGACAGCAGCACAACGAUAUUAUUAACAAAAUACAACAAACAAAGACUCCUCAACCAAACGUACCAUGUGGCGACUGUCAGAUAACAACUCUCCAGCCAGAUCAUGUCCGAGUCUCAAAAGGGAUAUGUCCCCUCAAACAAGAUAAAUGUAACUGUUGUUUUCCUAAUAAUAAGAGACCCUGUCCAAACAACGUAUGUGGUGCCAUCUAUGACAGCAUUAUACAGUAUCAUGCAUCAAUACCACCGGCACCUUUUUGGAAAAA